AUGGGCAAGAGUACUGCUUCACUUGUUCUGAGCUGUGGAGGUACAGGAGGAAUUACUGAAUCCAGGAAGAGUCGAUAUCCUCUCUGGCCAGAGUGGAAUGAAGCGGAUGUGAAUGCUGAGAAAUGGGACUUAUCCAAAACAGUUAAAGAAAAGGACAAAGCUGGUAAAAGUCCAAGUCUGCAAUUGUUUGAGGACCCAGAAGGGAAGAUUGAACUGCCACCGACUCUUAAAAUUCACUCAUGGAAGCGUCCUUAUGAAUUUAUCCUAGAGAAGCUACCUGUUAUUGUUGAGAGAGAAUCCUCAUUCGACCUAAUGACUGCUAAUGAACAUAUUUUGGAGAGUGAGAUGAUGCGAUGGAUUAUCAGUGAAAUCAUUAUGCUGUGGCACACCUGCCAGGACUCUAAAUUAAAUGAUAAGGUCUUGCUGGAGGCAAGGGGAUCUCCCUGGAAACCUUGGGAGCACAUAUAUGCCCUUUGUAAGGUUUCAAAGGGACACGUACCUCUUUACAACAGUUAUGGAAAGUAUGUUGUGAAGCUGUACUGGAUGGGGUGCUGGCGCAAGAUCACAGUGGAUGAUACAAUGCCCUUCGACAAAAAUGAUAAAUUGUUGCUUCCAUCUUCAACCUGUCUGGGCGAACUUUGGCCAAUGUUGCUGUCAAAAGCUCUCAUAAAGCUUGCAAGCAUUGAGUAUGUUAAAGCCAUUUCUUUAAGGACACACAACACAUCCAGCUAUCCCGCUGGUAGCCACCAGUUAUCACAGAUGUCCAGCUUAAUGAUAAAUGCAGACCAUCUUGCCGAUUUUAAUGAACCGUUAGAAUACAGAGUCAACUGUACGGAAAAAUGGAUCGAUUAUGAAGACUUCUUCAAGUGUUUCCAGAAAUUGAUUAUUUUCCAUAAUCCAAAUAAAUACACGUAUUCGUUGCAAAAGUCAUGCUUGAAGCCCACAGAUGAUCGAGGACCAUACUAUCUACAUGUAGACCACGUCAAGCGUAUAGAAAUGUUGGUUACUUUCUCUGCGCUGGUGCGUUGGGGUGAUAUCAGCUGUGAGAAAAACCUUAACAAAGGAAAUAAUGACAAAGAAAACAUGAAGGAAUUCUCAGGCAUUUCGUCAGGCAUCCUCAUUGCUGAGUCAUAUUCUUGGAAGAGUCUUGCUUCAAGCCCUCCAAUUCUAUACAUCAGAACUGUGGCUACAAAAUCAACUAUCUUAGAGCUACCUUGUGGGCGCCAUGUGAUCCGAUUUAUUGCCACUUCUCCUCUUGGACACAAUAUUAACAUAAGUAGUACAGUACCAUUUAUCUUUGGUGAUGAAGAUACAGUUUUAGCAAAUCUUAACAAGGACAGCCUGCGAUUUACGCAGCAUGCUACCCGUAUCAUUAAAGCAAUCGGCAAUGCGAUACACGGCUUCAAUGAUGCGCAAGAACAUCGUAAAACUUCACUGGAACUUCAACGUUGUCAUUUUCCAUUCCCAUUUGAAGAUGCCAUACUGGCUGAGGAACAAACCAAGGUCUUCAACAAAGCCGUUUACGCCACUUUAGCACACGCCCUUGAUGCUUGCCCCAGUCCCGAAGACUAUUUUGCCCUUAAAACACUCUUAGUUGAUAGCUCUCCCAAGCAGCUUAGGAUCGAAGACAGAACUUGCAUAAGUUCUGUUUCUGAAAUGCCUGAGUCAUGGAAAGAGAGGACCCCAACUAAGGAGGAAGCCACAGCUGCCAGCAGAAUACAGACUUGGUGGAGAGGUGUCAUGUUUGGUGAACUCAGAUAUGCAAGUACGAUAGGGUCAAAGCAGCACAAUUAUGUCAACGCUAUCCUGCAGGAAAUUUGGCAUUUGCUGGACUCAGACAUAGAGCAACAUGCCUCAUACUUACUUAGGUACAUGUUUGAUUUAAGUCCAAAACUGGCAAAAUUGUAUCCAUUUUAUGAAGAUGACUGGUGUAAGACUGUAUAUGCAGAUUACACAACCACAUACAGUGAUCAGCCUCCCAAUUUCUGGUUUGUGGUUUUCAGAGAGGUGUUUAAUGUCCCUAAAGACAUGCUGAUUGUGCCAAAGGUUUACUCUGCACUACCCACUUGUGUUCUGCAUGUGGUCAAUAAUGAUACAGGAGAAGAAAUACCCAGGGUUUUUCAAAAGGUAGCUCCUCAUACAUACAAUAAAAAUAAGAAUGGCUAUACAUUCACAGCUGAAGCCCAAACUGGGAGCUUCCCAGUUCCCAGUGGUAAAUGCAGAUUACGUUUGAUUGGCUCCAGGUAUCCUCUUCCUGUUCUGGCAAAUGAAACUGUCAACAGCAGCUUUUCAAUGAAGGAGAUUAAGUCCUACUACAUUCCAAAUGACAAAAACAUCAUCUUCAGCUUCCAGGUCAAUGUGUAUAUAACUCAUCAAGCUACACUCCAUGUACAAACCUCCAAGCCAGAUGUAUACAUUGAGCUACAAAUCCUAGAUAGGAAUGAAGAGGUAGCCAAAGCAACUGGAAAAGGCCAUACUAUAAUUCCUUCAUUCCUGUUUGCCUCAAAUACAGGACGUUCUACUAAUCAUGUACCUUCACGUAAACCUUCUGAAGUUCCUAAUACUUUGGGAGCGUCCAAAAAAUUGGGAAGCACUUCAAGUAACAAGACUGGAAGGAGUUCUGCUAAGUUAGCAAGUGAACAAAAAUCACCUGUUUUAUUAGAUGAGAACACACUUCACAUGGAGGUGGAACAAUCAUUGGCAAAAGUGGUUCACAAAUACACUAUUAAAGCAUCAGUUCUUUACAAAACCUGGCCACUAACUGAAAGUGAAUUAACUUUUGCUGAAUCGCAGAAGGAUAUGGACAUCGAAAUUGCAGAGCGGACUAUUGAUCCUGCUUUUCCUGAGACUGAAGAAUCAAAGCCCCCAACAGCCAAACAUAGCAGAAAAGGAAAGGACAAGGGAUCUGAUAAGGACAAAGGAGGAAAAGAGAAAAAUGCACCAACGAAGCCAGAGAUUUCGGUGCAGCAAAUUGAUUUAACAAAGCCUCACUUUACACUUCAUUAUGUCACUGAGUCUAGUGAAAGUGACUGUUUUGAGAUCAAGAAAGAUACUGAACGACAAGAUGAAAUUCGUGCUAUGAAACGAGCUUGGGAAGCUGCAGAACCUGGAAGGGCUUUCAAAGCCUUACAACUCCGACUGCAUGUCAUGACUCACAAAUCAAUAGAUAAUACAUUGCUAAGUACUGCUGGGACAGAAGGCGAAAAUGUCAGUGAGGUUCCUUCUGAAGGCGAUACCAAUGAUGCAGCAACGCAGGAGGUGCUACCCACAGAUCAGUCUCAGAUUUUAGAAGAAAGUCAGUUCACAGAUGGUGGCAAAACUUCACAAGAUCGUUUGAUUGAAGAUCUGAAGUGGACACGUCAUGUAAGGACUACACGACGUGUACCAGUUCUCGUAGAUGAAUACAUUCUUGAAGAGCAGGGCAAUCGCAAGGCAGAAGAAAUUCGCAAGUUCCGCCAAAGGCGAGAGGUGAUCCUGGAACAGCGAAAGAAAGAAAGGCAGGCUCGCCGUCAGCUGAAGGCACAGCAACUGCAAAUGUAUGAGGCUAUGCAGGAAGCCUUAGAUGAAGCUCGGAACAACAUCUACGAACUCAGAGAGUCAUACAGAAAUAAACUUAUCGAGGAAGAAUUGAAGCAAAGAGAAAUUGCAGCAAUGGAAGCAGCUCUCCGGGCAGAGCAGGAGAGAAAGGUCAUGAGUUCCACGAAUAAAAUACCUAAGAGCUCAGGAAGGAGAAAGUAAAACUGCAA